AUGAAGUUUUCAUGCAUUUCUAUCAUCACCAUUGCUGUUAGCACAGUCACUGGUGCUUAUAUUGACAAUACACCCGCCGAUAAAACGGUUGACAGUAAACUCUUCAAUGGCACUACUUAUGGACAUCAAAAUUCCAUAGCAACUAGAAAUGAUACUACAUCUACGAACAUCACAACAUUAGGCAGCUCAUCCAACGAUGAAGAUGCAGCCACCGAUAGCAUAGAAGCAGAAAAAGAAUAUGAAGAAGAAGCUGCGGAAGUCGCCGAAUAUAUUGCAUUAGAUAUCCAAAAUGACUUAGAGGACAACAACACCCUUCCACCCGGUAAACUAUGUGCUACACGUCGUAAACCUCGAUGCUGUGAAGUAGGCGGAAGAGUUUACAAAGAUGGAUGCGAGCGUCUCUCGAUGCCACUUCCAGCCAAUCGCAAUGAAUUCCGAAGCACAUGUGAGGAAGCGAAUAAAGUCGCCUAUUGCUGUAGAAACUCCGUCGACAUGGAGUCAUGUGUCGCAAAGCAAGAAAGUGAAUGGAUACUCUCAGAAGUUCGGACUGAGCAUGGGUACAGAAAAGGCGUUCAGCAUGAAAGAUGUUUGUUGUAG